CGAAAUAAUUAAAAGCUUAAAAUAAGUGAUUCGUAAAAAAUGAUCCAAUUUGUCAAAGAAAAUUGUCUAAUCGAUCUCUCUGCUAACGCGAAGAAUUAGUUACGACUAACCGAUCGAUGUAAUAUUAUAAUAAUAUCAUGUUUAAUACAGCAAAGUACCGUGAUUGGUGUGGUAACGAAGUCCCAAUUCACCCGACGGACUAUUGUACGAGAAAUUAUAUUAUACAGUGCGAUCCAUUUAACGGAAAUUAGGAUUUAUUCUAGAGUAUAAGAAGCAAUAUUUUCAAUCGAUGUUCACGAUCCUCCAGUUCUCCUGCCCAAUAUUAAGACAUUGUUGUACAAUACAAAGGUACUCGAGAGGAUUUACCAGUCAAAAAUCAAAAGUUGAUGGCGUCCUAAUAGAAAUUUAUUUUAAGACAAAAAACACGUACUAUAGAAUGUAUGAAACCGAUAAAAUCCAGUAUGCCAGCAAACCUUGCUGGUACGCAAACACCGACGCUAAGUGUACCUAAAAUAUAAUAUUACCGAUGUAUUAUCGCUGAAAGAAGAACGACAUUGCCCGGACACUCUGUAUGACGGUUGUCCUGUGUGUCUACGCGGAGUUCAUAUUAUGAACCGCGUUUAUUAGUUUUAAACGGCCGGCCAUUACCUAAAGGUUAAUUUACAGAUUAAAAAUCAAGGUCGGCGCGCGCGUUACAACAUAUUAAUACGAACAAAUUAUAGGUAUUAAAAUACAUUGUAUACGUAGGUACUGUUGUCUGUAGAUAUGCGUGGUAUGCACACAGUAUAAUGUUUCAAUAACUUUAUCGAUGUAUAAUAUAGCCGUAUUGAAAUGAAUGAAUCAAUAUUACACAUUUCACAUGCAUUAAAUGUAACAUAUUAAACCUACACGUUUCGUAGGUAGGUACCUACCUCCUGAUAUAGCUAUUUAUACCAAGCGCGCACUUUUACACUCGACACGCGCACACAUCCUCACAACAAUCCGUCUAGAUCGCGUACGGAUUGUGAUUAAUGUACAAUAUAUAUGUAUUUGUGUCGGAUGCAAAAUGAAUGAAUGAAUGGUCAAUAAUAAUAAUAAUAAUAGUAUUAACAUUAAUUCGCGAGCCGUGAAAAUGCGAAUCAACAGCAGGUCGCCGUCGUUCUCGUUAUUAGUUGCUUUUGUCGCGUUCCAUCUGAUGGUUUCUGUCGUCGUCGAUGUGCACGGUCUGAGAAACAUUAGUCCCGACGAUCAAUGCGAGCCCGGAGAAUUGGUAUUUGUGGGUUUUUGCAAUCUGUGCUUGUGCAAUUCAAAGGGUGUGCCCAAUCAGAUUUGUGCUAAAUCAUGGUGCCCGGUCAAAACUACAUUUCCAUCUAAAAGUAUACUCAAUCCAAGCACAAGUACACCAUUCACAUAGAGAUUAUCAUUUGCCAAGGACAUAAAAUCAAAUAUGUAUCAUAGUAAU